AUGUUCUGUUUCCAGAUCAUAAAGGACAACCGCUCUACGCAAGCGUUGCUUGCGGUGAAGGUUGUGGGCAUCACAGGCAAGGCCUUCCACCACGGAUGCCCGAAACUUUCGAACGAUUCUCAUUGCAGGCACCCGACAGACUUCAAGAGCUCGGGCACGCUCGCCUGGUUCUGGUGGCACCGGGCCAUCGCAGAACACGGCUUAUGGCUUCCAAAGCCCCGUGCAGCCAAGCCGGCCGUCUGUUGGUGGUGCGAGCUGUGGGUCUGGCAGGCGCCUGAGCCGAAGUCCUCGCGCACGUCACGGCUCAGUGUCGUGGUGCGGAAGCGGCCAAUGAACAAAAGGGAGGUGCAGACUGCGCAGCAAGAUGUCGUAUUGUGCAGGGAGAGUGCCGUCAUAGUGCGGGAGCCGAAACUCAAGGUUGAUCUCACGCGCUAUGUGGAGGAGCACAACUUCCUCUUCGAUCAGGCUUUUGAUGAGACGGUGACCAAUGAGUCACUCUACAGGUCGUGUGUGCAGCCGAUUAUCGAUGCAGUCUUCCAUCGAGCAAAGUGCACUUGUUUUGCGUACGGCCAGACAGGCAGCGGGAAGACCUUCACGAUGAUGGGCCCUCCGAAACGCUUGGUCGAGAACCUUGCACCGGAAGAGCGAACUCCCGGCAUUUUCUUGCUCGCAUCGCAGGACAUCUUCAGAUCCGUUGCCAGCAAGGAGUAUUCGCACCUUGGCGUCUUUAUCGCAUUCUACGAGAUCUACUGCGGCAAGCUUUUCGAUCUGCUGAACAACAGGCAGAUCUUACACGCCCGCGAGAAUGCUAAAGGCAAUGUGGUCAUUGCUGGACUUCAGGAGCAUCCAGUUGGCAACGUCCAGGACCUCAUGGAGGUCAUCGAGUUUGGCCUCAACAGCCGGACCACAGGGGUGACCGGUGCCAACGUCGACUCGUCUCGAUCUCAUGCCAUCCUUCAGAUCAGCUUGAAGGACUUGGAGUCGAAGGAGGAGCACGGCAAGAUCUCAUUCAUCGACCUGGCGGGCAGCGAGCGCGGUGCAGACACGCUGGACACUGACCGGCAGACACGCAUGGACGGCGCAGAGAUCAACAAGUCCUUGCUCGCGCUGAAGGAGUGCAUCCGAGCCUUGGACCAGCAAUUGGACCACACUCCUUUUCGUGGGUCCAAACUGACGCAGGUCCUGAAAGACUCUUUCGUCGGUGCGAACUGUCGGACGGUGAUGAUUGCGAAUGUCUCGCCGUGCAGCGGUGCAGUGGAGCACUCCUUGAACACCCUGAGGUACGCCUACCGGGUCAAGGAGCUGCGAAGUGCGCCGGCCCCUUCCAAGGUGGUGGCGCCAGCGCCAGGUCCAUCUGCUGAUGCUCCGCAGCAGCUCUGCGGUAUGCAGGGUGAUCUGCUGGUCGAUCGCUCGAGUGACAGCAGUGACGGCGAGGACAUGCAGCCGCCGCAACCUUCUCGGCGUGCGUUCAGCAAUGAUACGCAGGCCUCACCCGUGAGCCAGGGCAGCGGGUCUAGCUGGAACGGCACGCAGCGACUGGCGACUUCAGCACAGGUGGCCAGCGCUGUGGCAGCGGCCAAUGCGGCUGCAGCCGCCGUAUUGCCUUUGCAGCAGCAAAUGCAACAGAAAGAGCUCCAGCAGCAGCCCCCCCCAGCACAACACGCUACACCAUCACCACUUGCAACCUCUCCAGCGCAGCCAUCUUUUCCACACACGCAGCCGCAGCACACACCACCGAACAACCAGCAUUUUCAGCCGUCGUUUCAGCAGCCGCAGUCUGUGCAGCCAGCGCAGCAGGCGCAACCGGCCCAACCGGCUCAACCGGCCCAACCAGCGCCAGCACAGGUGCAGUCCGUUGUGCAGGACCCCGCAGCACUUGGCAUCCCUGACUGCUCCCAAGCAGCCUUGGAUGAGUUAGCUCGGCAGCACGACCGGCUCAUCGGCACCAUCCUCGCUGAAGAAGAGGAGUUGAUCACGGCCCACCGUCAGCACAUUGACAUGAUGGUCGAGCUGAUCAAGGAGGAGAUGGUGCACCUGAACAAUGUUGACCGCCCGGGCUCUGACGUGGACGCUUACGUAAACGGCCUCGACCGAAUACUCAGAAUGAAGGCUGACUACAUCGGCGACAUCCGUUCUCGCGUAGACCUCUUCAAAGAGCACCUUGCGCAGGAGGAUGCGCUGUCACGGAAGUUCCAAUCCCUAGCUUCAUCGUCCAGCUGA